CAUUUGCCAUGGUGGUAGUGGGAAGUCAAACGGCUUUUCGAGUUUCUGUUUCCGGCCCGGUUCGAUACUGUUCUCGUGAAAAAAACGACCAUGGCAAAUGUCACAAGCACAUCUUUUCCUCGUCUCCUCUGGUCUUACUACGUCGAUUAUCUGUGGAACUAUCACCCCGAAUCUAACGUCGCGAGAGUCGCUUCUGUCUUCCGGAUCCUUGCACUCGUUCUCAUUCUCCCUAUCCUCGUCUUGAGCUUACUGGACGUUUCAUCCUAUGUGAUCGCCAGAACGCUUGGGAUUGUUGACGAUGUCAAGGCCUCGACCAGCGAUAGGAAGACCCUCCAUACUAUGCACCCACCUCCAAGUAUCCGCGUAGACUCUCCAAAAACUGAUGACACGAUGAUUGCAUCGUCAACGACUGUCCUGGUUGGAGGUGGGGGAACCCCCCAAAGUUUAGCUCUCGCCAGCAGCCAGUCGUCACUGGCUGCUCCAGAAGCAACCAGUCCAGACGCAUCACCUCCAGAAUAUUUCACGUCCGAAGGAAAUAACCUCAAGUUAUCGGGCUUUGACGUGUUUUCACCUGCUCCUUCACAGCCGCCUUCACCUACUCUGAGUCGACAGCAGUUGCCACCAGAUCUCCAGAUGUCACCGGUAUAUCAGGUGCCGCAAGAUCAGCUCGAAGAUGGUAUUCACUUUAGGAGGCGCAAGCGAGGGGAAUCGAAAUAG